AUGGGCACCCAGAUGAUUCCCACCCAGGAGGUGCUGACUCUGUGCCAGCUGUGGUCACAGGGCCAGCAGGUCAUCCUGCGGUACAAGGACGAGGCAUCCAUGAGUCAGCAUGCAGAACUGUGGCCCUGUAUCCCCUACUGGUGGGGGAACCAGGUGAAGCACCUAGACCUCGUCCACUACCUGGAGCACAUGAAGAGCUGCAGCCACCCAAGUGAGUGCCACCUUCACACUGGGACACCUGAUCACAUGCAUGUCCUAGCACAUGCGGCUGGCUUUGGGUUCAAGUGGAGAAAUGAAACAGGACGUAUUAGGGGACAUUAUCCUGUUCACCACAUGGGCGUGGGCAUCCUUGGGGACAUCACUCUGUCCACCACAGGGGGUCAGGAUGUAGACAGGGCGUGA